UCAGUGGGGCAGUGCUCACAUGCAGCGCGCGCAUGCAGCAUGCAUUCCUAUGGCAAACGAGUCCACGCGCAGUCAUCUGCCACUGAGAGCAGAGAGGAGGCAACAGGAGGAAGAGCAGCUCUACUACAGUAGCGUGACUGGGAAGGAAAGAAAGAGGGCGUGUGAACACAGUUCUUGCCAUACAAAAACACAAACAAUUUAAAGGGCAAAGAAAGGAGGGGAAACUAGCGGGGAAAAAGCUCAGUCACAUUUUAAGACACCUGAAAACGUGUGAGGCUUGUGCAUGUCUCAAACUAGUUACACAGCUCUGCCUUGGAGAAGGAUGCCCAGUGCACUGGCUCUGAUUGUUUUGAAGAAAAGCGCUACUGUAAUGCACGCGAUACAGUCUUUAAGGACAUCUUUCAAAGAGUGAGGACGGCACAUUGCCCUGCUUUCCUGAAGGACAUCUGGCAUUACAGUGUCGCUUCUUUCUCGAGACAUUGCCUAACAGUCUUCUUGAAGUUCUUACCUGUGUGGACGGAGUUUGAAACACGCUGAAAAUUAGAGACUCUACUCCGAUACCUGCAUUUCCUUCAUCAACACCAGGAACAGACGCCAUGGACGGCAGUCCAGCUGGAGGAGUGAUCCUCUAUGCAGGCUCAACUGGAAGCGCCAGCCCCAGUCCAGGAAGCCCAUCCAGUGGAUACCAAUCCCAAUCUCCAGCCUCUCAACCCUCAUCCCCGGAGGAGGUCUCUUUCACUGAGCUUGGUGCCCUUAAAAAACAUCCAACUGGAAGCAAUUUCAGUUCAACAGGGGGCAACAAACUGGUUUUCCAAUUUCCAGAAGUAAGCAGUGCUACCACUGUCAACCCCAUUACACCGACUGUAACAUCAUCAGGGCAAAACACCUACUCUCACCCAGUAGUCGGCAGGCGACCAAGUAUGUUCACGGGUACCUUUACCAAAACAGGAGGCAUGGUGUUGCUUUGCAAAGUAUGUGGGGAUAUUGCAUCAGGAUUUCACUAUGGUGUCCAUGCAUGUGAGGGAUGCAAGGGUUUCUUCCGCCGCAGCAUCCAGCAGAACAUCCAUUAUAAGAUGUGUGUGAAGAAUGAAAGCUGUCUGAUCAUGAGGAUGAACCGCAACCGCUGUCAGCACUGUCGAUUUAAGAAGUGCCUCUCUGUCGGCAUGUCCAGAGAAGCUGUGAGAUUUGGACGCAUCCCAAAGCGCGAGAAACAACGCCUACUGGACGAAAUGCAGAGUUACAUGAACAGCCUUAACGAAUCAGCUUCCAUGGACAUCACCUGUACUACACCCACUGACACUCCUUCCAGCCCUGAAGAUGGCCAGUCAGAAGAGGCCAUUGGUGCUAUCUCGCAAGCCUAUCGCAAUAUCUUUGUGAACGGGGAAAAGUUGUUAGUAAAGAUUAAUAAUGAAAACAACAACAAUAACAACAAUCCAUCUUCCUUCCGUCAUAAUCCAAUACAAGAGUCCAGCUAUAGCCAGUCUCACUCUCAGCCAAGCAUCUCACCCCAAGAACAUUCCAUCCAUUCCUCAACAAGCUGUCUACCCCGAUCCAGAUGCCCGGUCACCAACCACGACAACAAACCAAAAACCCAAGUUAUGGACAACGGUCACUAUAACUUCCCACAGUCCUCAAGUCCCAACCAUGAAACUACACCUUCUCAAAGCUAUCCACUGAAGCACAGCAAUUAUUCCACUCAAACAUCUUGUCCUUGGAGACUGAGCCCUGGUGCUAAAGUUCUGGCAUGUCCUCUCAAUGCAUGCCCCGUCUCCCCAGCCAGUCACUCCAGUCAACAGGUUUGGGAGAGUUUUUCCCAGUGCUUCACUCCAGCUGUUAAAGAAGUGGUUGAAUUUGCCAAGAGCAUUCCAGGGUUUCAGGCCCUGAGUCAACACGAUCAGGUCAUGCUGCUGAAGGCAGGAACCUUUCAGGUUCUAAUGGUGAGGUUCUGCUCACUGUUUGAUGCCAAGGAGCGUACCGUAACAUUCCUGAAUGGUCAGACCUACCCACUGGCAUCCCUGCGAGUGCUAGGCAUGUGUGGCCUUCUGGACGCCAUGUUUGAGUUCAGUGAGAAGCUGGGGAACAUGGGUCUGGAGGCCGAUGAGAUGGCCCUCUUCAUGGCUGUGGUGCUAGUUUCUGCAGAUCGUUCAGGUAUCUCAGAUGUGGGGGCCGUAGAGCAGCUCCAGGAGGAUUUGAUCGGGGCUCUUCGCGCGCUCAUCACUCGACGAAGGCCAGAGGACAGCUCACUCUUCCCCAAACUCCUGCUACGUCUGCCUGACCUCCGAACCCUCAACAACCAGCACUCCGAGAAACUCCUAGCCUUCCAUAUUGACCCCUGAGAACAGAAAGAGACAAUUACCAGACCUACCCAAGUCUACACAUUGAUAAUAAGUGGUCAACAAUAGAUUCAGGGUGCUUUUCUUGUACAAAAAAGCCAUGCAUAAUUCAGGAUAAACGUCUGACUAGCAUUUACACAAACACCUCAGACUUGCUUUUCCGAUGUAACAAAAGAAGUACAGAAGUAUGG